AUGAGGUUGUUUCUCAGUAUCCGCCCAUAUUGUUCUGUAGCUGACUUGACGGGGGAUGAGAAACAUGACACAUGGAUCUUCUGUCUGUCGGUUCUUCUCAGCAGUACUAUAGUGUACAACAGUUUAGGGGUCAUUGACAACACGGCACUGGAAAAGCUGCACUACGUUACAGAGCUGACAGAGAACAUUCGUGUGAAGGCAGAAGUGGGUCAACAUGAGGAGUCGUCGGCAGAUUUCAUGCGUGUUUUUCCAUCGUUUGUCUGGGCUGUUCGUGACUUUACUUUGGAACUGAAAAUGGGAAAUAAGCAAAUAACAUCAGACGAGUAUCUGGAGAGUGCAUUGACACUCAAAUCAGGUAGCUCACCUCAGACUGAGCAGUACAACCUGCCCCGCCGCUGUCUGCGCCAUUUCUUUGCGGUGAGGAAGUGCUUUGUGUUGCCUCGGCCUGCUAGUACGCAAAACAUGAGAAGAAUGGAGGAACUGACCGAGAAAGAACUGGAUUCAGAGUUCCUUGAGCAGGCAAACACCUUCUGCCAUUACAUUUUUGACAGUGCGGAUCCAAAAACUGUCACCGGAGGCCGUACAAUUACUGGAACAGCUCUGGGUAAUCUUGCUGAAGUUUAUGUCGAAGCGAUCCGCAGUGGUAAGGUUCCUUGUUUGGAGAAUGCAGUUGUGUCUCUGGCUAAGAUCCAGAAUGUCCGUGCAGUGGAACAGGCCCUGCAGUUCUACAUGGCUGAGAUGCUCAGCAUUGCUCAGCUUCCUAUGUGCCCAGAAGAGCUGUCCGACAUCCACACAGUCACAGAGAAGAAGGCCAUUGACGUUUUCAUCAUCAUGUCCUUCAAUGACAAUGACCAGAUCUACCAGCAAGAGCUCAUGGGGAAAAUGUAUGAUGAAUAUCAACAGAUAUGCCAGCAGAAUCAGGAAGAAUCUGUCCAGCAGUGUGAAGCUAUUCUGUGUGAGGUGUUUGAUACACUGGAAGAAAGUGUUGUUGAUGGAUCAUACCUGAGACCUGGAGGAUACCGACAGUACAAAGACACGCUCACACAGCUGACCAAUGACUACAGAGCAAGAACACAUUCACAAAUAAUGAGUGAAGAAGUGUUGAGCAAGUUUUUGAAAGCAAAGGAAGAUAUUGGGAAUAUGAUUCUAGGAGCUGACCAAUCUCUGAGUGCAGCAGAACAGGAAAAAGAGGUGCAGAGGUUGAAGAAUGAGAUUCUGGAGCAGCGGCAAAGAGGUCUAGAGGAACAGAACUGCUUACAGGAGCAGGCGUUUAAAGACAUGCAGAGAACCCAUAAGGAACAUGUGAAUCAGACCAUUAGUCAGAUGGAAAGAGAGCAGGAGAGAAUGAGAAGAGACAAUCAACGAGUCCUGGAAGCCAAACUAAGAGAGAAGGACGCUCUUCUACAGAAUGGCUUACAGGAGCAAGCCUCCCAGAUGCAGAGGCAGAUUGACCGCUUAAAAUCAGAAAUGCAUAAAGAAGAGGAGUCAAAACCAUCUGCAGUCAGCCGGAUUAUGGAUGGUAUCGGUGCUGCAGCAGAAUUGAUCUUGCCGGGCUUUGUUAGCCGUGGUUUGUCUGCAGUCUCGAAAUGGUUUAAAUAAGUGCAGAAUGAAUAUGCUUCUCUCACGCAUGUCAUUCACUCUAAAGGGCCGUUCACACCAAGGAUAACUAUAUUAGUGUUCACACCAAGGGACAAUAAGUUUCUCCUUAAUUAUAAGCAUCCGCUGAUGUCAUAUGCCACUCUUUAAUAUCAUAUGGAUUCUGACUGGCUGUCAAUAUUUUUUAUCAUUCAUCAACUGGGAAAAAAAUCAUGCUGAAAGUGCCCCUUUCAUACAGUAGAUGUGUAGACUUCGCCAUUUAAUAUUUUAAAAUUCUGAAUGAUUUUGAGAACAUUAUCAUUAUAGUUAUCAUCCUUGGUUUGAACAGGCCGUAAGCCUCCA